AUGUUAACUGCCGCGGUUCACAAAAUUUUAGAAUAUUUGCGUUUACGAAACAACGAUCGUUCUAGUUGCGAACGUUUUCAGACUGUAAAAACAACGCAAGGGAUGAUCCGAGGAUUGAAAUUGAAAUCUGUUUAUGAUGACUCAUACUAUAGUUUUGAAGGUAUUCCAUAUGCCGAACCUCCCGUGGGCAAGUUACGUUUUAAAUCUCCCGUACCGCCUAAGAAAUGGCGUGGCGUUAGAGACUGCUGCAGAUUUACAUGUAAAGCCAUUCAAAAGAAUCAACAGGGGGUAAUAGAAGGCACUGAAGAUUGUCUCUAUUUGAAUGUCUACAGCAAAAAUAUAAAUUGUUCAAACAGCAAAUUGCCGGUAAUGGUGUGGAUACAUGGUGGUGGAUUUACUACUGGAAGCGGCAUCAGAAAUUUUAUUUGUGGCCCUGAUUAUUUCAUGAUGGAAAAUAUAGUUUUAGUUACUUUCAAUUAUCGUCUAUCAAUGUUCGGCUUUCUCAGUCUUUGCGAUCCGCGCGUACAAGUACCGGGUAAUGCCGGUUUGAAGGAUCAAAUGUUAGCCAUACAAUGGGUUAAGGAUAAUAUUGACUAUUUUGGCGGUGAUUCUGAAAACAUAACUUUAUUUGGACAGGAUGCUGGAGGAGCUUCAGUUCACUAUUUGUUAAGUUCCGAACAUACCCGGGACUUAUUUCAAAAGGCAAUUAUUCAAUCUGGUUGCUUUUUACAUGAAUGGGCCUUAAGUUUUGAUGCCGUUCAAUUGUCUUAUCUUCUUGCGUGCCGAAAAGGAUAUCAAGGUCCGAAGGAGAAUGAUAAAUGCAUCUUAGAAUAUUUGCAAUCAGUACCAGCCGAAAUAUUGGUUGAUAUAGAUGAUCUUGAUGUUUUGGGACGAUAUAAAGGUUACCUAUAUGCAUUCCUGCCUUCUGUGGAACCGUACGAAAGUGGCGACUCAAUUAUAACAAAACCGGUAUGGGAUUUAAUUAGAUGCGGAUGGGGUAACAAUAUACCGCUUAUGAUUGGCGGUACUUCUUUCGAGGGCUUAUGCAUGUAUCCGAUAUUGAAAAAGAUACCGGAACUAUUAGAGAGACUUAGAAAAAAACGCGAAAGACUUCUGCCUAAUGAUAUACCUUGCGGAUGUGAUUAUUUAAAUUUAACAGAGGAGCUAAUUGGCGCACAUUUCCGCGAAAAUCAGAUAAGCGAAGAAGACAUUUUACCUUUUUUGGAUUACUAUUCCUAUCGUUUAUUCUGGCAUGGAAUGUAUCGUUUAUUGCAAGCUCGUUCUAAAUACGGAAAUGCGUCCACCUAUCUAUAUCGCUUCGAUUUUGAUUCACCCACUUUUAAUCAUCAUCGCACAAUAUAUCUUGGCAACGAUACCUAUAGAGGCGUUGCUCAUGGUGAUGAUUUAUCGUAUCUUUUCUUUUCUUACUAUUCAGCUGUACUCGACACAAAAUCACGAGAAUAUUUUAUAAUGAGACGUAUGGUGAAAAUAUGGUCAACAUUUGCUAAGAAUUCUGAUCCAAAUUGCGAAUUUGUAUGCACUUGGGAUGAUAUUAAGACAUCGGGUCUAUCUAAGUGGAUGAAUAUCGCCUGUGAAUUAACAUUCGCUGAUAUCCCAGCGGAUGUUCAGGAAAAAUUUAAAAUUUGGAACAAUUUAUACGGAAACCGUUUAAUAGAGUAA